AGGUGGGUUCAGACCAAGGGGACUACGGGUCGGCGUUGGGCUCAUUGGGCUCGGAACAAAGGACUAGCUGGUGGAGACUCGGCGCAGCACCUUCGGACCGGUAACUGAGCUGCGGGUCGGGGACUGUCGACCGACCAGUGCUGUCACCGCGCGGUCUCGGUCGGCUUCUCCUUGGUUCCGGACAGGCAGCGUCGCGUUGGGGGGCCCGGCGCAGCGGCACCUGCUGCUGAGGGAACCCCACGGCCCGCCCAGGUGCUCAUGAUGGGGCUGAUCUUCGCUAAGCUGUGGAGCCUCUUCUGUAACCAAGAACACAAAGUAAUUAUAGUGGGACUGGAUAAUGCAGGGAAAACCACCAUUCUUUAUCAAUUCUUAAUGAAUGAAGUGGUUCAUACUUCUCCAACCAUAGGAAGCAAUGUUGAAGAAAUAGUUGUGAAAAAUACUCAUUUUCUUAUGUGGGAUAUUGGUGGUCAGGAGUCACUGCGGUCAUCCUGGAACACAUAUUACUCAAACACAGAGUUCAUCAUUCUUGUAGUUGAUAGCAUUGACAGGGAACGACUAGCUAUUACAAAAGAAGAAUUAUACAGAAUGUUGGCUCAUGAGGAUUUAAGGAAGGCUGCAGUUCUUAUCUUUGCAAAUAAACAGGAUAUGAAAGGGUGUAUGACAGCAGCUGAAAUCUCUAAAUACCUCACCCUUAGUUCAAUUAAGGAUCAUCCAUGGCACAUUCAGUCCUGCUGUGCUUUAACGGGAGAAGGAUUAUGCCAAGGUCUGGAGUGGAUGACUUCCCGGAUUGGUGUGAGAUAACUUUUCUGCUUCAAAGAGACUCCUCUAUUUAUUCUGUGACAUGAACAUUUUUUCCUAGUACCUUUGGCUGCUAAGGCAGCAGCAUGUUUAAUUUAUAACAACACAAACCUCUAUGAGCAACACUUGAAUCAAGUGCAGCUGAACUGGAACAUAAAAGAUUUUUUUCUUAACUUUUUUUUAAAUGCACUAAUAUUCAGUUUGAUGAACAUAAUGUAUUACUCUGUUUUCUGCGACAGAAUUCUUCUGACUGCUUAUUCUAAUUACUCAAUGACUGCCUUGUAAGAAAUAUUUGUCAUAUGUUUAACAUUUUCUUAAGUAUUGUUAUAACUUUAAUUACCAAUUUAUUUAAAUUCUUGACCACCAUUCCCUCCUAACCAGAUAAUUACUGGUUUCACAGAGUAGUAGUAGGAAUCAUCAGGUACCACUUGCAAAUUGCUCCAGCACUAAUUAUUUGCUCACUCUAUAAACCAUUCAUCUUUUGGAUAGAAUUUAUUAUAAGAAAUCUGCCUAGAAGCUAUAUGUAAGGAAGAUUAAACAUUAUGAGUACUUGCCUUCAAAUUUCCCCAUUAUUGGAAGUCAUGAAAUAAUUUUAAGUUGCUAUUAGCCUGCAAAUUAAGUAGGCUGUUUUUAGAUCUAAAGGAAUGAAGUUCACUUUUUUGCUUACAACAUUUGGUCAAAAACAAAUCAAAGUAACAUUUAUUUGAAAGCCCACCUUUGAUGGUAAAUAUUGGAUAAAUCUGAUAUUUUCAGGUCACAUUAUUCAAUGCAUAUAUAAUUACCAGAAGUUAUUAAAGAAUACCAGCAGUAAAAUGAAAAUAUUAGAGUAUAUUUUACUAUCAAUUUACAAAUAACUUUAUUAUCAGCAAAUAUUUCAGUCCUUUUAUUUGCACAAGACAUCGCAUCUGAUUUGGGCCAUAACUAAAGUAGAAGCAUGAACAGUCCAUUUUAUUAAAAAUGAAAGAAGUAUCUGUCAUAGCAUUUCUGCCACCAGCAGUAUAUUACUUAAACCAUGCAAUUUUCUGAUACCUACUUGAGGGUAUUGUCCUUGCCAUAGACUUGAAACAGUUGCCAUCUUCGUAGUUAGGCCUGAGUGCUCAAAAUUUUAUAGAAAAUUGCUGAGUUUCAUCUUAGCUUUUAAAAUAUGAGACAGCUAAUAUUCUCAAAAACUUACAAAUUAAGAAACAAUUAAAAUUAAAGUCCUAAUCUUCAAAAGUUUAUUUAUUGGAUAGCAAUAAGUUUUCAAGGCAGUUGACUGAUAUGAAAAAUAAUCUAAAUGGUGUAUACCUUCAUAAGAGGGAAGAUAACUAUUGCAAUUUCAAUUCUGUUUAUUUAAAUUGUGUGAUUUUGCUGUAAUGAAAGGGGUAAAAUGCACACUUUAAGAAAAUACUUCAUCUUGCAGUAUUCCUUAGAAUCAAAAAUGGAGAUUCAGUGUUCAUAAUAUCAAAAUACCUGUUCAAAUGUGGUAUUUUUUCAAUUUUUAUGUGUAAGUUGAUUUCAAUUUUGCUUUUUUCAGGUUACUUAUUAUCAUAUUUAGUUGAAUUUGUUUAGUUGAAUGUGAUAACAUUUUUCUGGUUUCUAUUUAGUGAUAGCACAUGAAAAAUUACCAGAGGAAAGCUUUUUGGACUUUGGGAGAUACCGUUUUGUUUUGAAUGUUUUUCUUAGUUAUUCUGUACCAAGUAGAUUGUAAGUUUAAUUUAGUUUAGUUUUUAAUGUAACCCAUAAUCAAGAAUGUAAGAGAAAAGCAGAUAUAAAUCGAUAUAUGGAUAUAUAUGUGUGAUGGGAAGUGAGGUAGGAAUUAAGAAAAUACAUUUACCUAAAGCACACUUUGCCUGAAUUUCUGUUUGGUUAUAUUGUUUACUGUGAGAACUGAAGAGAAUUCUCAUAAGCUGUCCUGAAAAAAGCGUAUUUAGUAUAACAGUGUUUGUUAUUGUGAGAUAAUUAUCUGCCUUCUUCUAGCUAAUAAGAUUGGCUGGCUCAGUUUUCUUCUAUCAAAUUAUAUGGUUAUUUUUUGUAUUACCACAUCAGCAUUAUAUUGAAAAUGUUUUUUAAUAGUUGAUUGUAUUUUGUCAAACAGCUAGUAACACUCAAAUUUGCUAUUUAAUUUUUACAAUACAGUUUAUUUUGAAAGUUUUUUUGAACAUGCUGUUAGUUUUGGAUUUGAGUGCUUUGUGUCAGCCAUUUGUUGAAAGUAAAAUUGGCAUCCAGGUCAAUUUUGUACCAAUGGUUGGGAAACAUUUGAUUAGGAAAUUAAUGUAAAACAUUUAAAAAGUAUUUUAUAGGUUUUCAUUACCGAUUUCCUGUUACAGUAAUAAGAAAACUGACUCAAUUCUUUACUCCAAGAGAAUGUUUUAACCUAAGCAAGUAUCUAAUACUAAAACACUGAUUCUGACAUUCAUUGUAAAUCAACCAAUUAUAAGAUAUCAUCUGGUGAAAAAGAGAAAUUUAUGAUUAGUGCCUUUAUUCAUAUUUUGAGAGAAGUUCUAAAUUCUGUAUCUGUUAUUCAGAAGUCAUAUUAACUAGGUCAACAAUGGGAUAAUUUGAGUUUCAGCUGCUGCUUUUAGCUCCUCAUACUGCCUAGCACAGCUUCUGGUAAGUUGGAAAGCAAGGGAACCAGACACAUGAUUUGCCGAUUAUUCUACAUUUUAGUUUCAAUUUGAGGAUAAAGAAAUUAAAUGUUAAUUGAAAUCUUAUCAAUAUAACUGAAAUGUAAAAUUUCCUUUGCAAGUUCAUAUAUGGCAUUUUCUUGACUUUGAACUUAGUGUGCUCAUCAGCAGCUCUAACUCCUUUGUUCUUAUUGGAGCCCAUUUGAGAACUCUCAGAAUUAACAGGCCCUUUUAUCAAUGAAUAUAAUGACUAUUUUUAUUAUUAAUGUAAUUUAAUUCCUGAAAACCUGAAACAUUAAUAUAUAUAUAUAUUGAAAACUAAAGAUUAUAUGUAAUUUUUGCUUUUAGGCUCUUGUGUUAGUAUGAUUAAAGGUAUAAUUAUUUUUAUUCUAUAUUCAUUAGAGAAAAAAUACUAAAUUUAUAUCAUUGUUUGAAAUAACUUUUAAAUGGGCACCACCCCUCUGGCUGUAGUCAUUUUUGAUUCAGCAUAAUUUAACUUUCAUUUUCUAUAGCAUAAAAAGAAAAUAAUUGUUUCCUCAUGGAAACGGUGGGUGAUACUGGCAGUACUACAAGCAGUAUUCUCUGAAGAGUUGUGAGAGUCAAAAACAAAAAAAAAAUUUGAAGAAAACAAUAAAAGCUUUUUAUAAGGUCUUUUUGGUGUAGUAUGUUAAGAUAAAUUAUACACAGAAUUGCUUGUGAAGAGCAGUCAUUAAUACUUAAUUGUGUAAAACAAUAUUAUUGGAAAAACCUGCUAUUAUGCCGGUAGGUGCAUAAAUUUCACGGGUAUUUAUCUAGGACUGACUUUAUGAGUCUUAGCUUCAUCUAUGGAUUUGGAUCAAAAAACUUCCACAUCUAAUUCAAUCCCAAAAGAACUUUUACUUUUUGUCAGGGUAAAGACACUUCAAGAGUCAGCAUUGUUGCUUCUUAUUUGGUUGGAUAUUGUGCUUGAAUCUUAAUUUGGCCAUUUAUCAUCUGUCUAGCUGACCUAAUACAAUUCUACAUGGCCUUUCUUUUAUUUUAUUUUUUUUUUCCAAACUCAGGAAGUUAAACAAACUAGAGAUCUAACAAGUCUUUUGGUUUUAAAAUUCUAAAUCCUUAGAUGUGACUAUCAAAAUUUUAAAACCCUGGAAUAGUAGGGAAAUGUACAUAAUAUGAAAUGAAACUCAUUUUUAUCUUCUAUUUGAUACCCACUACCAUUAUCAUUUUAUUUUCUAUAUAUAUAUAAUCAAAAAGCAAAAAUGGUUUCAAUUAUUAACUGCUGCACAACUUAAGGUGAACUAAUAGCUAAAGACAAUGCCAAAGCAAAGAUAAGCCAUAUUGCUAAGAAACUGCAAGUAAACUGCCUGUAAGACUUCAGUGUAUACUGAGAAUACUCUAUUGUAGAGAAUUUAUCUUGUUUAUUUUUCUGGCUUUAAUAAGUGGAUGGAAAUAGUUUGUUCAGAGGCUGUUCCCUUAAGAUGCAGCCCCAAGCUAGAGUUGUGUUUGACUUACCAAUAUUGAAAAGACCAUGUUGCCAGAAUGUCAAUAUUGUACAAAUGUCUGCAUAAAUCUGAAAGUGGUUUAUAUUCAAAGUUAGUUUUCCAGUCAUGUCUCAUGCAUAUUUAAUUGUGAGGACUAUUAUCAAAAAGCCAGGUUCCCCAAAAAAUAUAUUUUAUUCUUAGUAACUAAUGUUAGCAGAAAAAGUCAAUAUAAAAAUGUGUUCAGCUACAUUUUUAAAGUAGGAAUAUGGUAGGGUUCAGCUGGCCUAAAAUCAGCUUUAAAGUCUGUGGUUUGGUGAAAUGUUUGAAAAAUGUUACUUUGGAGGUUUAGCAUCAAACCUUAAAAACAAAAGCAUUUGAAAGUAAAGGCAAAGAUGGAGUAGAAAUUCUUCAAAAGGAGAUUAAGGGGCAGUUGUUUGGCCUGGCAGUUAAGAGACUGACCUCCCACAUUAGGGUGCCUGGGUUUGAUACCUGUCUGAUUGCAGCUUCCUGCUAAUGCAAACCCUGGGAGGCAGCUGUGAUACCUCAGGUAAUUGGGACCCAGCCACCCAGGUGGAAUACAUGGAGUGAGUUCUCAGCUCUCAGCUCUCAGGUUUGGCCCCAGUGAGGGGCCAUUGAGAGUGUUUGGGGAGUGAAUUUGCCAUUGGGAGCUUACGUGCUGUCUUUCUGCCUCUCGAAUAAAUAUAAACAAGGCAACAACACCACCAAAAAAACAUUUAAGGCAGUUAAAGUUAAUAGAAAGUGCUAGUAUUAGAUGGCUUAUAUGAUGUGGCAAAAAAAUUGAAAACUGUUUAGAAUUUUAGUAUUCAGGACCAUGAUCAUGUAGAAGCAUCUUUGGCAUUUUUUAAAAACCAGUAAUCUAUAUUUUCUCUUGGAGAUGGAGAAAUAACAAAAUGGGCUGUGCAUAGCUUUUGGAAUUAAAAAAAAAAAGGUCUAAAAGGACAUAUUCUUUUUGCACAAACUUUGAAAUUUUCAAUUAAAAAGUUACCUCAUUUUUCAGUUCAUAAGGUGCUUUGCUAAAAUUUGUGGAAUGUUGUACAAUGCCAUAAAUGCUCCCCUGACCCAGCCUGUAUUUUGAAAUAUGCAAAACCAUAACUAAGGGAUAACAUUCAUUAGAAAAUUUGUUAGGUUUUGUUUCAUUCUUGUUUACCACCAGCAAGGCUAACAUGCUUUAUCUGAUUCACAUAUAGUUGUCGGUAAAGCACAUGGGCAAAUGUUGAGUCAAUAUUUAAUUAGUAAAUUAAAAUGGGAAACCCUUCAAUUUGUUUGAUUAUAUUAUACUGUGAAUAUAUUGCCUUCGGUAUUGGUAAUCUAUCAAAAGACUUUCAGUGUAGGAUUUAUUUCCUUGUUUUAGCCUUAUUCAUAGAAGACUAAUAAUCAUUGUAAUCAUAUUUCCCUCAGGAGAUGUAGAGGCUUUGAAGCCCUUGUGUUGUUCUCUUGGAGUAAACUGUUCAGUGUGAUUAUGGAAACUUUCAACGUGAUUUUAAAAAAAUUUCUAUUUCAGUGAAAAUUAAUAAAAUGAUGGUUAUGAUUUUUUCCUAUUAAAGACUGAUUAUAAAUUUUACUCUGUCUAUUCCAUAGAGCUUGGUUUAAAAAAUAGAAACAGUAAACACUGAAAGCAGUUACGCCCUUGCUCUUGGAUUUAUUCUCAUCAGAGAAUAAUGACUGUAAUCAUACAUUGGCUUCUUAGUACAAAUUGGUGCUUUACAGCAAUACAGUGGCAGCAGCAGGCCCUGUAUUCAGUAAAGUUCCAGUCUCAGACUGUAAACCUACUUUAAAAUGUUUAUAUUCUUAUUCAUGUUCAUUUCUUAAGACUUUAAUAUAAAUGGUUGGGUUAUCUAUCUGUCUACCUUCAGGCUUUCUGCCUGCAAAGCACUCUGAAACUAUCUGAGCUAAUGAGCUUGGCCAAAUAGAAGACAGAAUUAGAUCACAAUUAUGAAUUGGAUUUCUAUGACCUUCUAGUAUUGAAGAGGAAAGAAAAAUGUCACCAGAAACUGCUUCUGAACCCCAAUCAAGCAACCGACAUAUGUACUGUUGGUUUGAUAUAACAGAGAAUUUAAAAGCAAGCAAAUUAAUUCUUUCACUUCAUCACUUCUUGAAAUUUAUUUAAAGCAUGUUCUUCUAAUAGUAGGUCUGUUUAAAGACAUAUCUUAACAUCUUAUAAGAUUUCAGUACUGUCAGGAAAUGAUUAUUUUAUAUGUUAAAUUUAGGUUGCUGGUACUGAGGUUUUUUAUUUCUUAUGUUAUAAUGAGUUGCUUGCAUGACUACUUACCCAAGUAAAAAGGAUGCUCUUUGCUCUGGAAUGUUUAUUUUUUAGACAGGUUUUGGCUUAUUUGCAAUCAUGGUGCAAUAUAGUAACAUUCAUUUGUUGUCAGUCAACAGUUUUAUUUUUGUCAUAAUAAAUUACUUUUCCAGUA